AUGUAUUCUGUAAUCUCAUGGACAUGUAAGUGGCAGAAAGCUGUCGCUUUGAACAGAGACUCGACACUUGAAGAUUUGACACCACUGCUUGGCCAGGAAAUGAAAGAGCACCUCUUACCAAUAUACGAGAAUUUAUCUAGAGAAGAUCUUCUAGAAAGGUGCUUGGGUGGUCACACUCAGAACGCCAACGAAAGCUUUAACUCCACCAUCUGGCGAUUGACCCCCAAACACUUACAUUCUGGCCAAAAAAUAAUCGAGUUAUCAGCCUGCAUUGCAGCCGGAGUAUUCAACGAAGGCUACAAUUCAAUAUUAAGGCUGAUGAACCAACUGGACAUCGUUGUCGGAAAUCAAGCUCUCAAUUUUGCUAAAAAUACGGACGAAGCUCGCGUUACACGACAGAACAGGAUGAGCCAAAGCGAGACAAAAGCUGCCCGUACUGCCAGGAAACAGCAACAACUGGAAGAUAAUCAGCUUUUCGAGGAAGCUGAAGAGCUAUUGUAUGCACCUGGAAUCGCUGAUUGAUCGACCAAUAGAAAAAGUUGGGCGAUGGCAGCCGUUUUACAUCUUUCACAAAAACGGCCUUCGUGGAGGGACUGUACCGCCGCC